AACGCCAAUAAGACGGGAGCGUGUUUGAUUUUUUAACCGUGGUAAGGUCACGUGAGCGGGGCAGCAGGUUCUCUCCGGGGCAAGAGAGUCAGCUCCUGAGCCCGCAGUGCAGUUUGGGUUGAAGUGAUGAUGCUCGGCUGAUUUGAUAACUCUUGGAUUAUAAAUCGAGGUUGUAUAUGCACCAGCAUGGCACAGUGGGCAUCACACUGUCUCCACCCACGACCCAACAGUCCUAGCUGCUGCAGUGGCAUUGGCCUUUUCACCUGGUGCAACUAAGAGUCAUGUUUUCAAACAGCUGGCAUCAGAACAUGACAAGCUCCACCCACAGCCUUCCAACUGCCAAACAAUCAGUUACAGGAGGUCUUGUAGUCCUGGAGGCCCAGUAUGACUACUCGUACCGUGGCGCGAAUGGGCGAGUUAUCUCCAUACAGGAGGGGGAGCGCUUCCUCUUGCUAAGUAAGACGAACGCUGACUGGUGGCAGGUUCGAAGACUCGGCGUGGGCGUGAAGGCUAAGCCAUUUUUUGUGCCGGCCACCUAUGUCAUCGAGGUGCCAGUCAAUACGUUGCAGUCACCACAUAGCAACAUCCAAACAGCAGGGGCACCUAGCGGCAAGAUGCUGGUGGCUUGUGCGUCACUCAAUCCCUGUUCUCAAAUACAAUACUCAGCACCUACCAAAACAUUAUGCCGUUCCAUGGAGGACCUAAACAAAAAUUUUGCAUUUAAGGACAAACAAAAAGAACGAGGCUCGCCAAGCGGACAUCUCUCCACAAUGCCUCUCUCAUCCUUCUCCACCCUUCCGUCCAGUGACUUCAUUGCCCCAGGUUGCCUCAUGCAUCGUAGCAGGAGCUCCAGUAACUUGCCACAGAACCCAUACACGGAAAUUCACAUCACCAGGCCAAACCCAUCCAUCGUCACAAAGUCCUUCAGCCAGUGGGAUGUGGCAAGCACCACAAUCAAGCACACAGAUGGAACCAUCAAGAACAACUGCUCCCCAAAUUCACUGGAGCAGAGACGUAAGCAGUGGUCUGAACCCCCUAAUCCACAGCCAUUCCAGAAGCCUUUGCAGGUGCUGCAGUUGUGGGAACAAUAUAAAGACCCUGCUACAGGCCGGUUUUACUAUGUCAACACUGUUACGAAGGAGCGCUCAUGGAAGCCACCACGUAAAGCUCGCCAAAGUGAUCAUACCAAAAAUAUGGCCAGUGUUAUGCAGGUUGGGACUUUCCCACAUGACUCCAGCCACCUGUUACUUCCUUUACAGAACUCAGGAAGUAAUGCAUUCUACAAGUUCUGCCCUGACUUUACCUACGUUCCCCAGGAUGCAAAUGCUCGACAGCUGAGUCAGACCAUGCAGUGUGCAGCAUCAUCAGACUCACUCAAUUCCAGCUCCUACAGCAAUGCUGAUACCCAGAGACGAGACUCUGCAAUUACAGUGAAAAAAGAGCACAUCAACUACUCCUACCCCAUGAUACUUCCUCUACAGAAAGACAGGAUCUCUUCAAAUGGCAAGUCAGAGUACCAAGUGGUUGUUGAGUCACCUUUGUCUGAAAGCUCUCCGGAUAGUGAUGGAGUGACCCCGGAGCUUGAAAAAGCAGGUCUGCUUAAUAAAACCAAGAUAGCCGAGGGAGGCAGAAAGCUACGGAAAAACUGGAACCUGUCCUGGGUGGUGUUGGUGGGGAACAGUCUUAUGUUCUUCAAAGAUCCUAAAACUCAAAAUUCUGACAGCUGGAAACCGGGUAACAGUUGCCCAGAGAGUAGUGUAGAUCUAAGAGGAGCUCAGCUGCAAUGGGCCAAUGAACUGUCCAGCAAGAAGAAUGUCUUUAAGUUGAGGACGGUUACUGGGAACGAGUUUCUACUCCAAUCAGACACUGAUGGUCUGAUCAGAGAGUGGUACAUCACCAUACAGAAAGUCAUUGACAGACUUGAUAAAGAGAAUCCUCUGGAUAAUGUGUUGAUGUAUUCAUUAAGGAGAGCCGGUUCCCUGGAUAUGCUGGAUCAGAGUGGAGAUGAGGAUGAGAAUCGUACAGGACACAAAUCCAUACUUCCUCGAUCUAUCUCUAAUCUGGAGACUUCAGAGCGAAAACGAGUAAAGAGUCGUUUAAAAAAGCUUAUUUUGAGGAGACCUCCACUGCAGGCACUACAGGAGAAAGGCCUAAUCAAAGAUCAGGUGUUUGGCUGUAGUUUGGAGUUGCUGUGCGAAAGAGAGCGGACUACAGUGCCACGCUUUGUUAAAAACUGUACAGAAACAGUUGAAAAGAAAGGUUUGGAGACAGAUGGCAUCUACAGAGUCAGUGGAAAUCUGGCAAUAAUUCAAAAACUACGUUUUGCUGUCAAUCAUGAGCGAGCAGUUUCUACAGAUGGACGUUUUCUCUUCCCAGAGGAAUUAGUUCCAGUGGACCAUGUGGACCUGGAGGACCCGCAGUGGGAGGAUAUUCAUGUAAUAACAGGGGCCCUGAAACUCUUCUUUAGAGAGCUGCCUGAACCACUUGUACCUUACAGACUCUUUCAGGACAUCGUCGAGACUGUCAAAAUGUCUGACUACUCAGAAAAGGUAGAACGGAUGAAAUUGCUUGUCAGCAGCAUGUCAACCUCAAACCGCAAUACCAUGAGACACAUGUUCCGUCACCUUAAGCGGGUGAUGGAGCACUCAGAUAGUAAUCGUAUGACAACGCAGAACAUUGGGAUCGUCUUCGGGCCAACUCUGAUGCGCCCGGAGAGCGAGUGCGGAAACAUGGCCAUUAACAUGGUUUAUCAAAACCAGGCAGUCGAACUCAUCCUCACUGAAUACGAGCAGAUCUUUGGACCCGAUCCACCCGGAUUUCUCUGACAUUGCUGUGGAAGCAGUACAGCGGUGGUAUCUGCUCCCAGUGAAUCUGGAAUCUGAAAGCUAAAUAUGAUCCAUGCAAUUGGUCAUUAAACUGCAGUGAGGCCAAAAAUGUUAUCCAUCCUGCUUGAUGGAUAAGAGAUGGAUGAAUGGUUGAAUGGAAUUGCUUAAACAACAAUUAGCCAACCAUGCUCUAGCGGGUACAAAGACAGAAAGAGAAAAAAACACGAAGUGUUUUUUCAAAUUGUGUUAAGAUGCUUAUUUUAUGUCCAUGUGCGUGUUUGUGUGUAUGACUGUGUGUUUGUUGGUGGGUGGGUGGAUGAUGUCUUCUCACAAGUGUUUUUCAUUGUGUUGGUUUCAGGGUAUUUGGUAAAACCACACAGAGCUUCUCAACAGAACCCAAACUAAAUUCUAUAAAAGAAAAUCAGCAAGUCACCCAAUAAGCCUAAACAUGAGCACAGUUCAAAAGUCUAACACUUUAUUCAACUGAGAUUGAGCCAUUUAGUCACUUUUUAAUAGCGACAUAUAAAGGGUUCAGUCCAAAAUGCUGUGAAAUCCACUUUUUUACUGUUCCAGCAGUAUGGUUUUGGUGUGUGCAUGUGUGUGCCUGUACCGUGUGUGUGUGUGUUUUGCGUGACGGAUAGAAGUGCAGAAGUAUGUUCUGUAUUUUGCUCGUUGAUUGCGUGGAGCUCUUUGCCACUAUUGCUCCAAAAUCUCUGCUUUUAAUAACAGAACAAAAGAAGAGCUAAAAAUGCAUUAUGUUUAAAAAAUGUGGAGUUUUUCCCCCCCAGCACCAGGGCUUUGGUAAUUUUAUAUUGACUGUGGCUUGGCAGGAGACAAGAAGAAGUGAGAGAAGCAAAAGAACACAGAAAGCAUAUGGAUUUUAAUGUCAGAGUUUAUAUAUUUAUUUGUUUUUGUUUUAUUGCAGUAGGUGGCAUGGGGGUUAAAAGAGGUCAUUGAAGCACUGAAGGAAAGGGCUGAAGUCCCAGACAUUUUUGAAGUAUAUAGAAAUGUUAGGAACUGCUGUUGUUCUGUUCAUACUGAUGUAAUUUAUCUGUUUAUUUAUGUGCCACUGAUAAUUUAGUAAUCUGUUUAGUAACCUGAAAAAACAAACCCGAGGCAUUCCAACUCAUCGAGGGCUUGGUAAUGAACUGAUCAAUUGGAUGAUAUGCUUUUUUUUUCUAAAGAAAACGGGGCAGAAUUUACCGCUAUAGACUCUGAGGAACUGUAAUACACAAGUUAAUGCUUAUUAUAGCUUAUUGUGAUUCAUAUACUGCACUAGUUUGUGGUUUUAUACAGAAGAUUUGUGAAAUUGUUUCAGUUCCUACUCUUUUACAUUGAGUUCUU